AUGAUCAAUCUUAAAAUAGUUACACUUGAAGAGGGAAUUAGUACAAUAUUUGAAAGUGAGUUUGCAAAUUGUAUUAAUCUUAAUGAGAUUCACCUUCCACAAUCUAUCACAACAAUCAAAAAUAACGCUUUUGAUAACACAGGAUUUGUUGGAUUUGUUUUACCAGAUCAUGUUACAAAUCUUGGAUCUGGAGUUUUCAAAAAUUGUAAAUCUUUGAAACAAUUUACUUUCAAUAACAACAUGUUCAUACCAAAAUAUUUCUUCCAAAAUUCGUUUAAUUUCACAGAAUUUACAAUUCCUCAAACAGUUGUUGAUUUAAGAGAUAGUUGUUUCGAAAAUAGUAAAUUGCUUUCAAUUCAACUUCCACAAUCAAUUCGUAGUAUUCGCAGUUAUGCAUUUCAUAAUUGUUAUACACCAAACAUUGUAGUAUUACCUGAUACAACAAUAUAUUUAUUUGAUUAUUGUUUUAGUGGAUGCCAUUUUUCAAACAUAUUUAUUUUAUCUACACAAAUUAUUGUUCGAAGUGUUUAUUGUUUUGAAAAUUGUAAAGAUAUAGAAAAAGUGAUUAUAUCAAAUGGAAUCAAGAAAAUAUAUCAAGGAACAUUUGCUAAUUGCCAAAAUCUAUUAGAUGUUCAAUUUCCGAACUCCCUUGAAACAAUUGAUGAAAGAGCUUUCAUGAAUACAAAAAUAAAUUCAAUCGAAUUACCGGACAGUGUUACUUAUAUUGGAACUGGGACAUUUUCAAAUUGCUAUUAUCUUAAAAAUAUUAAAUUUGGAAGUAGUGUCAAUGAAAUUGGAGCUAGAUGCUUUGAAAAUACGCUUAUUGAUUAUCACAUGAAAUUGCCACAAAAUCUAAAAAUUAUUAGAAGCUUUUGUUUUAAAAACUGUUCAUUAAGGUCCAUAGAAAUACCAGAAUCAGUAACAAUGAUAGAUAUAGGUGCGUUCGAAAAUUGUUCUCUACCCCAUCAAAUAAUAUUACAUUCUAAAAUUAAUAUGAUUGGAACAAAUGCUUUCAAAGAUUGUUAUAGUUUAACUGAAUUAAGAAUAAAUGGUUCUUGCAAAUUAGGAUAUGCUGCAUUUAAUAAUAGUAGAGAUUUGACUGAAUUAAAAAUCUUUGGAAAUAUUUUCGUCACAUAUGAUUGUUUCAUAAAUUGUACAAAAUUGCAAACAAUCAUAAUGGGAAAAACUCAUGGUUUAAAUACAUUUCAAAGUGGAGCAUUUUCUAAUUGUAUCAGUCUAAAUCUUAUUCAAAUAGCAGAUAACUCUAUAUUAGAUGCGGAAACUUUCUCUCAAUGCUUUAAUUUGGAAAUUAUUUAUCUUGGGCAGGGUUGUAGAAUUAAUCCUCAGGCAUUUCAAAAUUGCGUUAAUAUCAAGUAUAUUAUUACAGAUUAUAAUGACCAUUUAGAAUAUUUUUAUGAUAUAAAUAACUAUGCACAUAAAUAUAUUUUCAACAAUAUCACAAAGGCAGAUUAUACAUCCUUAUUUCAAAAAUUAUAUUACAAAGUUACAUAUGCAUACGUUACUGGAUUGUGUCGUCCUUAUUACGAUGAAGAGAGAGGAAUCACAUUGUUUCCAGCACCUGCAAUUUUCAAACAAAAUAAAUGCAAGCUGCAGGAAACUUUAUUACAUGAACGAGAUUUCUCUCGAUAUCAUUUUGAAAUGCUCUAUCUUCUCACUCAAACAUAA